GCACAAGGCCUAAAGUUUAAUUCGGUUAACCACAGGAUUUGAAUAUAAAAACAUAAGCACAGUUAUCACUGGUCAGUCUAGAGAUGCAUAACCAAGUCUUGGUAUUUUUUCUUUUGAUUACCAUCUUCGGUGCAGCACAGUGUGAUGUACAAGAAUUUCUGAAACUGGCGACAGAUAUAGCUGGUCUGUUCGGAACGAAAGAUUCUGGACAGAUACAACGAGGGAAACACUGCGUGAUUGACUGGUCGUUUGAAGGCAAGUUUGUGGGAUUUAAGUGGAAAUAUAAAGGCAUCUGCUCUGAUUCUUGUACAAAAGAAACAGAGAUCGUUCAUUAUAACAGUAGAGAAGGAACAGUAGAUCACUGUCUUGAAAAUCUUAAGAACAAAAUUGCAAAGCACGAAGAAUUAUGAAACAUUUUCAUUAGACGUUGAACAGAUCUGAGUAAAAUGUUGCAGCCUUAUUUAUGACGACUCUCUAUUUGAUUCAUUGCUGUAUAUUUUGUAUUUAAUACUAAAUAAACGAUAUGUUUUGUCUUUAAAAUGUGUAUCGUCUGUACAUUUUCAUAAUCCUCAUUAAAUGUGUUUCAGCUUU